GAAAGGCCAUUAUUGUGUUAAUUACGUAAUUCAAUUAGUCCAAACUUCAUAUCUGUAAAGGUCUGAUUUAUAGUUCUUAGAGAAGGAGACAGUCCACCUUAUCAGCUCCACAGCUGGAUCUGAACCUCCCUCAGCCAAACCUUCAAUCAGCUGUUUGACAUCUCUGGCCACAAGUGACAAAUCUGAGCAAACGGGUGUCUCCAAGUGUCCCCAAUAACCUUGCGUCAAACUGAUGCGAUGUGGACUUUAAGGAGCUGCUGUAAGCUGCACAAAUACAUGUGCACCAAUAGAGUUUAAAGGUCUAAUAUACAGAGGUUGUUGGACUUGUGUGUUGUAGUCUGAUGAUUGAUGAUUGUGGCUGUGCGCCAGCUCUCUGUUGCGCAGGAGAUGAAAGGCGCUUCAGGAAAGGGGUGGUCCUGCACCGGGGCAUAAAUAGAGAGCAGGGCUCUUCUCGGUUCUAAGAGAAAAGGAGAGCUGAAUCUUGAAGAGACAGUGAGGAAAGCCUGUCCGAGUCCGUUUUUGACUAUUAGAAAGACUCCUCUUUUGCUCUGGAAAGUUGAAUCGGAGUGACAUUGAACUUUCAGACUGCUGCUAGUGGCAUCGGCACUGGAUUUGUGACUUUUCCUUGAGUUGUUGGAGUCAAGUUGUGUUUUGUGAGAAUUUUCAUUUGGGUCCACAAGUGUUUUGUUGAUUUCUUGAAGACCCAACGGGAAUAUAAUGUCUUUUUUGCGCGUUAUUCUGGGGUUCGCCGCGGCUCUCUGCGUUAACGCGGCAGAGCGCGCAUGGGAGGAGAGCACGGUGGUACCAGUUCGGCUCGACUCCUACGACACCGAACCGACCCAUACGGUAGAAGCACGGGAAAAGGUAUCGGAGAAACGCAUCUACCGGUUGGACGCCUUUGGAAAGCGGAUGAUCUUGGCGCUGGAACCGGACCAAACCUUUUUAGCGCCUGGGUUUGUGUUCCAGAUGGUGGGGAAACCGGAGAGCGAGGAGUUUGACAGCGCCGGAGAUGCGCGGUGCUUCUUCUCGGGAACCGUGAACGGUGAAGAACUUUCCGCCGCGGCGAUCAAUCUGUGCAAUGGAUUGCGGGGCGGCUUCUACGUCGGCGGUGAAGAGUAUUUCAUUCAACCUUCAAACGCCAGUGGAGACGCGCAGUCUUCAGAUGGAGACUCCCACACCAUUCGCCGAAGAAAACGGGGGUUCCUGACUGAGGAGAACGGUUCUAAGUGUGGCGUCAGUGAAGAGGAGGAGAAGGUCCCCGAGAAACCAGACGCGAGCAACUCAAACCCAAUGCCACAUGACCCUAAAGCACACCAGAGAUCUCGUCGCUUUGUGUCUACUCCUCGUUAUUUGGAGAUCAUGAUUGUGGCAGACCAGUCAAUGGCAGAGUUUCAUGGUGCUGGCCUCAAACCCUACCUGCUAACCAUCAUGGCUGUCGCAUCUCGUCUUUAUCGUCACCCUACAAUUCAUAAUUCAAUCUCUCUGGCUGUUGUGAAGCUGCUGGUUGUGUAUGAGGAAGAACAUGGUCCCCAGGUCUCAUCCAAUGCUGCACUUACCCUUAGGAACUUCUGCCAGUGGCAAAGACAGCACAACCCUUCAAGUGACCGCCACCCCGAGCACUAUGACACAGCAGUACUCUUUACCAGACAGGAUCUUUGUGGAGCUCACUCAUGUGACACUUUGGGAAUGGCAGAUGUGGGCACCGUGUGCGAUCCUGAUAGAAGUUGCUCCAUUGUUGAAGACGAUGGUCUGCAGGCAGCCUUCACAGUAGCACAUGAGCUUGGUCAUGUGUUCAACAUGCCCCAUGAUGAUGCCAAACAGUGUGCCAGUAUUAAUGGUGACCACUGGAGUUCCCACAUGAUGGCCUCAACCUUGUCAAAUCUGGACCAGCUGCAGCCUUGGUCUCCUUGCAGUGCUCUGAUGGUCACAUCCUUCCUGGACAAUGGCCACGGCCAGUGUCUUCUAGACAAGCCCCAGAGGUCUCAGCAGUUACCCCAAGCUCUGCCAGGUACUGUGUAUGAUGCUGACAGACAGUGCCGCCUCACAUUUGGGGAGGAGUCGAAGCACUGUCCUGACCUGAGCACCACCUGCGCUGCCCUUUGGUGCACCGUCACAGCUGCAAAUGGCUUGCUGGUCUGCCAAACCAAGAACUUUCCAUGGGCCGAUGGGACACCUUGUGGGUCUACCAGCUAUUGUGUGGCAGGCCAGUGUUUGAGUAAGACUGAGGCAGCCAAGUAUCAGACUCCAGUAAAUGGUGGAUGGGGAACCUGGGGUCCUUGGGGAGAAUGCUCACGUACCUGUGGUGGAGGUGUACAAUACUCUUUCAGGGACUGUGACAAUCCCCUACCUAAAAAUGGAGGCAAAUAUUGCGAGGGCAAGAGAAUUCAGUACCGCUCCUGCAACACCAAGACCUGCCCUGAUAGCAAUGGUUUGACAUUCCGUGAGGAACAGUGUUUGGCCCACAAUGACAUCUCUUCUCAGUUGUCAUUUGGCUCAGUUGAAGGUGUCGAGUGGGUGCCGAAGUAUGCAGGAGUAUCUCCUAAGGACCGUUGCAAGUUGGUGUGCCGAGCAAAGGGAACAGGCUAUUUCUUUGUUCUGAAGCCAAAGGUGGCUGAUGGAACACCAUGUACCCCAGACUCCACUUCCGUCUGUGUCCAAGGUCAGUGUGUGAAGGCUGGUUGUGACCGAGUCAUUGGCUCCAACAAACGUUUUGACAAGUGUGGCAUCUGUGGAGGAGAUGGUUCUACUUGCAAGAAAGUAUCUGGAUCAAUGGAACGUGCUAAAUUGGGCUAUCAGGAUGUAGUUACAAUUCCAGCUGGUGCCACACACCUUGAUGUCAAGCAGCGCUCUCUUGGAGGCCGUCGCAAUGACAAUGGCUACCUAGCAGUUCGCCGACAAGAUGGCACAUACCUACUGAAUGGCGACUACAAGCUUACCACUUUAGAGACUGAUAUAUCUCUAGGUGGUGCACUCCUCCGAUACAGUGGUUCCUCUGCCACCCUGGAGCGCCUGCGAAGCUUUGCUCCUUUACCUGAGCCUCUUACCAUUCAAGUGUUGCGAGUCGGUGAGUACCCUCGGCUGCGAGUAAAAUACAGCUACUUUGCCCCACGCCCUGCCUCUGGUCCAAACGGAUCGAACCGGCCAUCUAUUAACGCCAUAAGGGAAGCAGGAGAUGCCGAAUGGACCCUCCAUGAGUGGGGACCCUGCUCGCAGACAUGCGGCGGUGGUGUCCAGAAGCGAGAUGUCCUCUGCCUUGAUGCUCACGGCCGUCAAUCAAAAGACUGUCCAGAAGAGCUGCGCCCUGCAUCGUCACGAUCCUGUGCUGUGCAGGCUUGCCCAUCCUGGCUGCUGGGUGAGUGGUCAGCUUGUUCCAAAACUUGUGGCAGAGGCUUCCGCAAGCGUCCACUGCGGUGCAUAGGACAUGAUGGCAGCACUUUGUCUCAUGAGAGCUGCAAUUCAAAAGAUCGACCACGACCUCUUCUGGACUUGUGCAACCAGACUCCCUGUUGAAAGUGAAAACUAUGGCUUAAAAAUCCACCUUGGAACAGCUGUAAUCCUGCAAGUGGCAUCUGGUGCCGAACAACAAUGUUUUUGGGAUUCAAAGGUGUCCUUUUAACAGAGACUGCAACCAAGCUUAAUUUAGUGUUUUAAUUCCUGCCCAUCCAACACUGGGUACAGGGUACAAAGCUGGCACACUGUGUACCUCUCAUGACAGGUGUGAUCAAGGAUGACAAUACGGACAUCUCUGCUGCUUUGGAUGCUAAAGUCAUGCGUGUUAGAUUUUGAGUGUGCAUAGGUAUAUAUGGUGGAUGAUUAGUGAAAGAAUGCAUGAAAGACCUAUGCAUUUGUACCAUCUGUCUGAGCUGGACUGACAGACAGGUUUAAUAUGUCUCAAGCAGAUAUAUGAUUGAAAGUGGGUACAACAUUUAGGAACUAUUGUCUUUUGCUGGGGUUGAGAGCAGAACUUGGGACAGAGGAAUUUGUUUGUAAGAGUGUUAUAUAAAGCGCCCUCUGGUGGUUCUCCACUGAAUAGAUGUAAACUCCGGCUCAGAGCACAUACAGUAUUUAACAUAUGCAAUUUUCUUGCCAAAUCCACUGCAUAUCUUACCACAGCUAGGCACACAUGCUGCUAACAAACACCACAACAGUUAUUAUGCAUACUCUAGCUUUAAGUUUAGCUUCUUAGGUUUAUUUUUCACUAUCAUGCAAAGCCAUACCUGAUCAAGAGGGAGCCUAUUUAUGUGGGGGAGGGAGACAAAAGAGCAUGUAUUUUAUACCCAAGGUGAGAGUGUGUUUGUGUGUGUGCAUUUAAGUAUGUAUGUAUGGGUGUGUUAGUUCUGCCUGAUUUUGUGGAGACUUCUCUCCUACUACUACUUCAUAAGUAGCUGUCCUCUUCUGCCUUCUGAGAAGGUAUGUUUAUAAUGAGGCAUUUCUUUUUGUACAGAAUAUCCAAACAUUAUUUAUUUUUGUACAGCCCAUUUAAUAUAAUCUUGUUGCUUUUUUUAUAAUUAUUGUAUUUCUAUUUAGGGGUUCAAGCCCGUAGGGCUGAAACACUAUUGUAAUUGUUAGGAUUAUUAUUAUUAGGGGAUCAAGCACGAAGUGCUGAAACCCUAUUGUAUUUGCUACGAUUUUUUAUUAUAAUUAUUCUGCCAUAAAACUGAUCCUGCAGAGCAAACCGUAAGGCCUAGAGACAUGAAACUUUGGGGAAUAGUAGUACUCCAGCUGACAACACAUGUGCACAGUCUCGCCCGAUCAGCCAUCUUGGAGCGCCACAGUUAAUAAAACAAAAACAUUACACAUUUUGGGUCAUAACUCCUGAACCAUGCAUAAUACACUCAAGUGGCUUAUAUAAUUGGAAUCGUUGACUCAAGUCAAACAAAACGUAUAUUUCGCUAUUUGUCAUUUUUCUACUUUUAUGAACUAGUCCUAGCCAUUUGACUGAACAGAUCCAAAUUAGUGCAAGAUUUUCUGGAGUCUCAAUAUCAAUAAUUAUAAAAAAAAGUUAGAACUCUCACCAAAACAUACUAAACGUGAGCGGUCACAUUUACGCAAAUGCCUAUAACUCUUGAACUGUCUGAGAUAUUGUACUAGGUAAAGGUUGGGCAAGGAGGAGGCGGGAAUUGGCUAAACAGUCAAUGUAAAGUUUAAUGUUAAAACAUAAACAAACACAGAAACACAUGCAAUGCGGCCGGCUCGUCUUUAUCCCCCUCCUGGCUGAUUAGCCCGAUUCACCCUCCUCCUUAUCACAGAUAUUGAAAAAAAAAAUUGAACUUUCGUAUCAUCACCAAAUUUGGGACACUAACGUAUGUAUGGGGUCAUUCUGAGGACACUCAUAAAAAUUGCACGCCUCUGCCUCUUGUGGUGCUAUAACAAUCAGAAAUUAAAAAAAUUCCAUAUAUCUGUGCUUCGUUGCCUGAUGGUUCUGAAAAUUAAGGCACUUUAUCAUUGUUUUAAGUGCUAUCGGUUGCAUAUGUACUUAAAGGACCUUAAAAGCUUGAACCCCGUUAAUUGCUGCUUGCAGCUAUAUUUGUUAUUAUUAUUAUUAUUAUAUUAUUAUUGAAAUAACUGAAGGAUGUAGAUUAUAUUAAAGUAUUUAUACAGUAUCUAUGUUUUAGGUUUAUGAAUAAAGUAUCACAUUGUUAUGUGGACCAAUA